CUUCAUUACAGUCGUGGCUGUGACGUCUUUUGGACUUCGUCGCGUCAUGCAAGAACGUUACAGUCACACUUGGUGGACACAAAUAGAGUGCCGAGCGCAGCAUGCGUGCGGCUGAACCGCCCUUUCGCCUACGGCUUCCCUUUCAGAUCACGGAGUAACAAGAAUCUGCAUCUUACCCUCAUCGUGAAGGUUCUCUGGCUCACAUGCCCCUCAGAGAAUUCCAGACGGAGCAUUCGAACCACCGAUUAAUUAGCACAGAUACUUUAAUUCGAGUUUAAAGUAAAAAGAGAAGAUAGAUUGACCAACAUCUCAGCGACGACACUCAAAACAGCAACCUCAGUACACUUGACUCCACACUCAGCUUCCGGCCAUGCCCUUCGGACCCUUCGCCCUUCAAUGGCGCGCACCCUCCCCCAACCCUCCCCAGCCCUCAUCACCACUCCCAGAAUGCAUCACUCGCCGCUACAUCUCCACACCCUCCGGCCCGCUCGAGCUCCUGUCUGCCUUCCCUACUGGCCCCAAAUCCUCAAAACCCCCUCUCUUCUUCGCCCAUGGCGGCUUUGGCUGCGCCUCCGUAUGGCUCUCCUACAUGACCUACUUCUCCUCGCGCGGCUACCCCUGCUAUGCGAUUAGCUACCGCGGGCAUGGGAGUAGCUGGUAUCCUGGGUUUUGGAGGAUGUAUUUUACUUCUCGUGGGACGAUGGCUGAGGAUCUUGUUGCUGGGGUGAAGGAGGUGGAGAGGCUAGAGACUGAGACGAGGAGCGCUGAGGAGAAGGUCCGGGUUGUUUUGGUCGCUCAUUCGGCGGGUGGUGCUUUAAGCCAGUAUGCUUUGAGUAAGGGAUUGGUCAAAGUGCACGGGUUCUGUAUGCUGGCGGCGGUGCCGGGUUUUGGCUCCUGGUCCGUCUACAAAUUCUGGAGCUUGACAGCCCCAAUACACUUCCCGUACCGACUCUUCCACCCUCGGUACAUCCUCGCCACAACCAAGCAAGUCCACGACGCCUUUUUCACUGCAUCAACACCCACCCGCGUUGUCAAAGACCUCGAGGCCCUGCUCAGUCCGUACGAGUCCAUGCUCUGGCCCAUGCAAGCAGCCUUCCGCUUUGUCACAGGUCCAGACGUCAUCAGCUCAGUUGUUGGCUGGAGACUGCGCAAAGGUUCUGGAUCUAAUGGAUUUGCCGGAGUUGCGCCGAGGCUUUUAGUGCUGGCUGGUGAGAAGGAUGUGUUGUGUACGCCGAGUAUUUUGAGGGAUGCGGCGACGAGGUAUGGUGAAGCCUUUCAUCAUUGUGCCAGGGUGGGCAAACUGGAUGGUAUUUCUGAGAGUGAUGUCAGAGUUGGAGGUGGGAAAGGUGAUGGUUGGGACGGAGUUAGCUUUAAGGUUGCGACGGGUUUGGGUCAUCAUCUGCAGAAUCAUGUCAAUUGGGAAAGCGGUGCGGAGGAGAUCUUGAGGUGGGUGCAGAAGCUGUGAAAAACCAGAUCUGUUUGAAAGGCGCAUAGACUGCCGUUCAUUACGACUUCAAUGGUGGAAUGCUUAGUGUUUGUUUGAACUUUCCAUUAUGAAAUGUUUUUGGCCCCUCAGGGUUUUGCAGUUUGACCUUUCCUCACCCUAUCACGUUGACCCAGAUCCUUCAUGAUCACCCAUUCACUACUUCGACUCCCGCUCCGAAAGCCGAGAGCC